AUGAGAAGAUUCGUCGAUCCAGAGCUUUCUCACAACAUUAGUAUUUUAUCAGCAAAAGUGGGACUUACUCCAAUCGACUAUUCUGUUGACCCUCCCAUACUGUAUAACAAUAUAAAGCAUAUGAAGAUAUUUAAUCCUAUAGGAAUGGCGGCAGGAUAUGAUAAACAUGCAGAAGUUCCACUGGAGGUGUUAAGAUUAGGAUUUGGGUUUGUUGAAGUUGGGACAAUACUACCAAAGCCUCAAGAAGGUAAUCCUAAGCCUAGGAUGUUUAGACUACCAAACAAUAAGGCAAUUAUAAACAGCUAUGGAUUUAACAGUCUAGGAGUAGAGAAAGCUGUUGAAAAUAUGAAGCGUGCCAGAGAGUUACAAGCAAAGGAUCCGCUUACAAAGGAUUCCAUUAUAGGCAUAAGCAUUGGAAAAAAUAAACAUGGUGAAAUAAUAGAAGAUGUUACAUAUUGUAUUAAAAAAAUAGGAUGCUAUGCGGACUACAUAGCAAUUAAUAUAAGUUCACCAAACACACCAAACUUGAGAGACAACCAAAGAAAAGAGCCUCUACUUAAAAUCAUAAAUGCCUCUAAAACUGCUUUAAAUGAAAUAGACAUUGAAGCAGCUGCAAACAAUCUUCCAUACACUAAUACCACAAAGGAAAGACCAUUGCUAUUCAUAAAAAUAUCACCUGAUGUUAGUGCUGUCCAACUUAAAGAUAUAGCCGAUGUCGCAAUGCAGUGUUCCGUAGAUGGGCUCAUAUUGACAAACACUACGGUUGCACGUCCAGAAUCGGUAUCGGAUGAAGUAACAUCUAUCGGGAAUCCGGGAGGCGGUUUAAGCGGCAAACCCCUAUUGGAAAAAUCCAGGAGGAUAAUCCAUGAAAUGUACAGUCUGACCAACGGGAAGAUCCCUAUAAUCGCGUGUGGAGGCAUUUCUACUCCCGAAGAUGCAUUGGAUAUGAUAGAAGCUGGAGCAUCUUUGUGUCAAAUAUACACAGCUAUGAUAUAUGAAGGACCCAAGCUUCCAAGCAACAUGAAGAAAAACUUGGCUUAUUUACUAUCAAAGAGAGGAUAUACUAACAUUUCCCAAGCUAUUGGAGCUGCACAUGUUUCCAAAAAAAAGGUUUAA